AUGGGAUCCGAUGACAUCCUCAUCCACUUUCAGCCCUCCCAUCCUAUUGCUCCUAGUCUCACCUCACCAAACCACAUUGGUCGCAGCGGUUACCGGAGCCUGACGCCUGCUGCCCGGGCGUUGCUGCCGUGUGACAUUCUUUUGGAUGUAUCGCUCAGCGCCGGCGGUGACUGGAGUGGCAAGGUUUCGAUGCAUGGAGUGGACAGGUACUCCCGGGCGGCAAGACCACCGGACCUACUUAGGCGAUGA